CCGCGUUUUGCUUCGAUUGACAGCUUGAAGUUGGAUUCCGAAAACAAUCGGCACUUCGAGAGGUAUCGCAAAGCAGUUUUUGGUUAAAAAAUGUGUACGACACUGGCCAUGAGUAAUCUACGGCCUAAUUUGUUCGGUUCGCUGAAAAAUAUAUUGUUGGGUCAACAAUCAGCUGGGCUCAAGUUUUUUGCCCCACCUAUAACAUACGACAACAUCAAAAUACCGGAAAAGCCUAAGCUGCGCUUCAUGGAUAAGGUGCCGCAGCUUGCUAGCAACUUAAGACCACCAAAACUACAAAAAAAACUGAAAUGGAUGCGUGGACCUGAGGAGGUGCACAAUAAACUUGUUCAUGGCCAAUAUGCAAUAGUGGCAGCCAGCGGUGGUCGAUUGAGAUGGGGUCAUUUUGAAAUGCUACGUCUUACGAUCGGACGUAAAAUGGACGUUAGUCGUAUGUUUGCAAUCUGGCGAGUUGAAGCACCAUGGCAACCAGUUACGAAAAAAGGACAAGGACAACGUAUGGGAGGAGGAAAAGGAGCAAUUGAUCAUUACGUAACUCCUGUUAAGAGUGGCCGCGUAAUUGUAGAAUUAGCAGGAGAAUUGGAGUUCAUAGAGGCAAAACGAAUUUUAGACAUUGUGUGUCCCAAAUUGCCAUUCAAGGCUACGGUCGUAUCGCAACAGACGCUAGAAGACGCAGCAGCGACUGCAUAUCGUUUGGAGGCAGAAAACCUUAACCCCUGGACGUUUAAGUAUAUCGUUCAAAAUAAUUUGAGUGGCUCUCACCGAUGGCUUUCGCCAGUAGACCAUAAAUGGUUUGGAAAGCAUAUUUAAUAUCGCAAUAUUAUAUAACAUUUGAAAUAAACCAAAUGGUUCCUCCGGCAUACUCGGUUCAAUUUCAAACUGGUUCUUCUAUUAAUUUUCAG